UGUUAUACCGGUUGCACGUUGCACGUUAUUGACGUUGUUUUGAGCUUCUCUCGGAGCACGUGGACGACUUUGCCGAGUAGAGCUGAACUUGUAGAAGAGAAUUAAUAUAUUCAUUAAAUGUGACUUCCGUAAUCGUAAGGAACGGAACGAACGAGAGAAAUGGAGGAUAAAGGGAAAUUAGUGGCGGCAUUUCUUCGGAAAAAAGGUUUAGUAAAGCAGCACAUAGAUUCCUUUAACUAUUUCAUCAAUGAAGAGAUAAAAAACAUUGUUAAGGCAAAUGAAAAGAUUCAGAGUGACGAAGAUCCACAUUUUUAUCUGAAAUAUUUAAACAUAGAAGUAGGCUUGCCUGAAGUUCCAGAAACUCCUACAAUUAUGCGGCCAACCACGCCACACGAAUGCCGUUUAAGGGAUUUAAAUUAUUCUGCCCCAAUUUCAGUGGAUAUUGAAUACGUAAGAAAUAACGAGCGAGUAAUAAGGAACAAGGUGGUCAUUGGAAAGAUGCCAAUAAUGUUGCGCAGUUCUAACUGUGUGUUAACUAACAAGUCCGAGGCUGAAUUAGCCAAAAUGAAUGAAUGCCCGCUUGAUCCUGGUGGUUAUUUCAUUAUAAAUGGCCAGGAAAAAGUUAUAUUAAUACAGGAACAAAUGAUUAGGAACAGAAUUAUUUUAGAAGAAGACAGCAAAGACUGCGUUGUUGCGUCGUGCAACAGUUUUACCCACGACAAAAAGACCAAGACAAACGUUGUGGGUAAAGCUGGAAGAUAUUACUUAAGGCACAAUAUGUUUCAAGAUGACAUACUGAUUACCGUCAUUUUCAAAGCUAUGGGCAUAAUAAGCGACUUGGAAAUCAUGCAAAUGGUCGGAACGCAAGAAAUAUAUUUGAACAAAUUUGCAGCUAGCCUGGAGGAUUGUCAAGAACUGGGCAUCUUUUCGCAGAACCAAGCAUUGAAAUAUCUCAAUAGCAAACGGCGACAGACGAGAUUUCAUUCCAUUACAAAAGUCCGUGUCACUGAUGAGAUGAAAGAUUUAUUAGCGACAAAUAUAUUGUCUCACGUACCUGUUGUCGAUUUCAGUUUUAGGCCGAAAGCGCUGUAUCUCGCCUUGAUGAUCAGAAGAGUUAUAAAUGCGCAGUCUGAUCGCAGUCUGAUCGACGACAAGGAUUAUUAUGGUAAUAAACGUCUGGAACUGGCUGGUUCCCUUCUUGCUCUUAUGUUUGAAGAUCUGUUUAAAAGAUUCAAUUGGGAGCUCAGACAGAUUGCCAAUAAGAAUAUUCCCAAGAUAAAAGCAGCACCGUUUGAUAUAGCUAAACAUAUGAGACAGGAUUUGAUUACCAAUGGACUGGCUUUCGCUAUCUCAUCGGGUAAUUGGACAAUCAAGAGAUUUAGAAUGGAGAGACACGGUGUGACGCAGGUGUUAUCGAGACUUUCAUACAUCUCGGCGCUUGGUAUGAUGACACGAGUCCAUUCCCAAUUCGAGAAAACCAGGAAGGUCUCUGGUCCGCGAUCGUUGCAGGGCUCGCAAUGGGGCAUGUUGUGCCCGAACGAUACACCGGAGGGAGAAUCCUGUGGCUUGGUGAAGAAUCUGGCUUUGAUGGCUCACAUCACUACGGAAGUGCCGGAGGAGCCGAUAAUAAAAUUGAUGCUUAAUCUUGGUGUGGAGAACAUUCACACUCUCGCUGGGGAAGAGCUAACUAUGCCAAAUAUAUACACAGUUUUUGUGAAUGGUAUCAUGGUAGGCAUCGUGCAGAAUUAUCAGAGACUGGUGCGUCAGUUCAGAUUAUUACGCAGGAAGGGAUAUAUUAACAGUUUCGUAUCGAUACAUGUCCAAAAUCGACAUAACUGCAUUCAAGUCAGUUCCGACGGCGGGCGAUUGUGCAGACCGUGCAUCAUCGUUAAGAAUGGAAAAUCUCUUGUUAAACAGAAACACAUAGAGGAUCUUGAUCGAAAUAUCAUAACAUUUGAAGAUUUUAUUUAUGAUGGAUUGAUUGAAUAUUUAGAUGUAAACGAAGAAAAUGAUAGUUUAAUCGCAUGUACGGAAUCUGAAAUCAACGACGACACAACGCAUCUGGAAAUCGCAGAGUUCACGGUGUUGGGAGUGUGCGCAGGAUUGAUACCAUACCCUCAUCACAAUCAGAGCCCGAGAAAUACUUAUCAAUGUGCCAUGGGUAAACAGGCCAUGGGGGUCAUAGGAUACAAUCAACGUAACCGCAUUGACACUGUGAUGUACAAUCUGGUAUUUCCGCAGAAACCUAUAGUGAAAACUCGUGCGAUCGACUUAAUCAAUUAUGAUAAAUUGCCAGCCGGCGAAAAUGCGAUUGUCGCAGUGAUGUCAUAUAGCGGAUAUGAUAUCGAGGAUGCAUUGGUUUUCAACAAAGCUUCCAUUGAUAGAGGAUACGGGAGAUGUAUAGUGUAUCGAAACGCGAAAUGUACAUUAAAGAAAUAUCCUAAUCAAACGUACGACAGAAUCAUGGGGCCAUCGAUUGAUGCUAAUACUAAGAAACCUGUACCGAAGCAUGAAAUUCUUGACAGCGAUGGGAUUGUAGCGCCUGGUGAAAUGGUGGAAAAUAAGACUAUAAUGGUAAACAAGUCAGUACCGGUGCCGAGUGAGAAUAUCGGCCCGGUGCAUCCUGGCAAUGUACAAAUGCAAACGGAAUAUCGGAACGCGGAAAUCCAAUUCAAAGGCUUGGUCCCAGCAUAUGUGGAAAAAGUUAUGAUAUCUAGUAACGCGGAAGAUGCCUUUUUAGUAAAGCUGUUACUGAGGCAAACUCGGAGACCGGAGAUCGGUGAUAAAUUCAGUAGUCGCCACGGACAAAAGGGGGUUAUAGGUUUAAUCGUAGAGCAAGAAGAUAUGCCGUUUAAUGAUCAAGGCAUGUGUCCCGACAUAAUUAUGAACCCACAUGGAUUUCCUUCAAGAAUGACUGUUGGUAAAUUAAUAGAGGUACUUGCAGGCAAAGCUGGUGUCGUGAAUGGAAAAUUCCAGGAUGCAACAGCGUUCGGUGGUGCUAAAGUGGAAGACCUCUGCGAAGAAUUGGCGAAGAAUGGCUACAACUAUUUAGGUAAAGAUUUCUUUUAUAACGGCAUGUCUGGAAGACCGCUGAUGGGAUACAUUUACUCUGGACCAGUUUAUUACCAAAAAUUAAAACAUAUGGUGCAAGAUAAGAUGCACGCUCGUGCCAGGGGACCAAGAGUAGUCCUAACACGUCAACCAACAGAAGGACGGUCUAGGGAAGGUGGCCUACGAUUGGGUGAAAUGGAGCGUGACUGUCUGAUCGGUUAUGGAGCUAGCAUGUUAUUAGUAGAGAGACUCAUGAUAUCGAGUGAUGCUUUUAAAGUCGACGUUUGUAACAAAUGCGGGCUAAUAGGGUACAACGGUUGGUGUCAGAGAUGCAAAUCAAGCUCUUCUGUCUCUACGAUAAUAAUGCCUUAUGCUUGUAAAUUAUUGUUCCAAGAGCUGCAAUCCAUGAAUGUAGUACCUCGUUUGUCCCUGAAAGACUAUUGUGACUGAUUGUAUAUUAUAAUAGAAAUAG